AUGGCAGCAAUCGGACUCCCCACUCCGUCACACAUCCACCGCGGUGGUCGCGUGCUGCGGAAGGCCCUCGAGACGAACUGGGGACAGGGCGAACUCACAAAUCUAGACGGAUACGUGCCGGCUGCAACUAUCUGGAUCCGUGAAUGCGGGUCGCGCAUGUACCAGGAACGGGGGGAGCUGGAGAAGGUCCCGGGGUCGAAAUGGAAGGGUCCAGGGAUGUGGUCGAGGGAGCGAUGGGGGUACUGGAAGACCAGGCUUGAAUGGGUGACGAGUGUUAAGAUUCUGAAGCAGAGUACGCGGGGGGGUGCGAGGGAGGCUGUCGAGCGGAUGAGUGAUAUCGAAGAGCGAUUUGCCUGA